GAUAGUUUUAACAGAAUAAAAUAUGUACAAGAAGAGGUGGAAGAUAGGGACAUAGUUGGCAAUCUAAUAAGCACAAGCACGUACAGAAAAGGAAUUGCAUUAUCUAGCAUGGGAAUUUCUUCACUUUGUAAAGUUCUAUUUCUUUUACAGCUGAACUUGCUACCUCUCUUUGUAUCUUCUGAUACAAAAAAUGUUCUGAAAGAGAGUUCAGAUUCUUCUCCAUUACCUGCCAACUUUCUCUUUGGGACUGCCUCUUCUUCUUAUCAGUUUGAAGGAGCUUACCUGAGUGAUGGUAAAGGUUUGAACAACUGGGAUGCUCAUGCCCAUAAACCAG